GCGUCACCAAACCUGCGUAAUUCAAGGAAACAGACUGAUCAGGAGAAUACUGCCUCAAAAGUAGUAGUGAAAAGAUCCAAUCACAAAGAAAGAUGAACAGUUCUAAGUGCUUUUAUCUCUUCAAUUGCGAUAAGACGUACGAUUUAGAUGUUGUUGAGAAAUUGUUGGACGUCAUUAAAACGAAAACGACGGGGAUCGAUAUACAAUCGAAGAAGGAAUAUUUUCGCCUCCACCAUAUGCCUGAGUUAACUAAGACUAUUGAUGACCAGACCAGUGAUGGAAAAAUGAUGGAUUAUGCCAUUUUUGCCGUUAAUGCACACGAAUCUAGGCUGUCGAUUAACGAGGAUAACGCUGGAAUUGGUUACGCAAAUAUCUACAGAGCUUUACUAAGGGCAACGGGUGAGUGUUUAAAUUUUGUUCGUCCUUCAUUGGGAUAAAUUCAAAUCUUCAGGCGAUUUUCAAGUUUCAUCUUACACAGAUGAAACGAAAAAAAACAACGUUGCGGUAUCAAUAAGGUUUUUGCGACAAAUAAGCAAGGGUGAGAUCCGUUACUAUUGUUAAAUAACAACGAAAGCAAUUCGUGGACAAACCGUGCGUGACAGCGCGAGCUCUCUCUGGUGUAACGAAAUGAAUACCAAGAUGUCAAACUUCUCUCAGCUGAAGUCGGAGAAGUAGCUGGCCUGUUACUGUUUUUAUUGUGUUACUACUUGUUUUGUUUUUGUUUUUUGUGUCUUCUGGCAAGUGGAGAGACAGUUGGAAUAAAGCACAAACAGACUUUUCUCUUUCACUUUUUCAAAAGAAUACAAGACAAUUUGGAAGGAGAAUUUAUCAGUAUGUCACAAGUCACUUAGUCAUUCUUUCCGGGCAUCUCACCAUUCUUGCCUUUAUCCAAAAGUGUGAAAUUUAUAUGAAAUGAGGAAAAACAUUCAAACAAAGUAAAGCCUUGAUUUACUGUCUUAUUGGAGCAUUUGGAACUACAUGUCACUCAAACUAUCUGUUUGUUUUGUUUUGCAUUUCUAACUCAUCCAUUUAGUUUGAUUUCUUAGUAUGGACCUCUUUCAUAAUGGAGGGCAUAGUUGUUUUUUCUUUUAUGUGCAUGCAGGUUACCUUUUUUGGAUUGGCUUUUGCAUGGAGACUCUGUUCUUUUGACGUGGAUAGGAAAGGACAGCAGCAAGGCCUGCCAUUUAGAAACAGGUUUAAGCCACUCAAAAUUAUAGGUGGUUUGUUCCUUGCUGAGACCCAUGAAGGAUAAUGAAAAUCCUCACCACUUGGCUGAUUGUAUUGUUUUUUCACAUUUGUUAUGACCCCAGAUGAAAGAGUGAUUGUUGUUAUUGGUGGAGAUGACAACUACAGAAAUGCCUCUGAGGAAGAUGGAUCUCUCCUGUCUCGCUGGGCCCGAAGGAAGGUUUCUUCUCAGUUCAAAGAAGAAUUCAUGGAUGGAACCAAGGGGUUUAUUUUUUCUUGGGACACGAAACACAAGGGGAUUCAUGAGGAGGCACUGUUACAUUUUCUUGAUUCCAAGAAGAAGGGUCAAAAAUUUUUUUACAAAAAAAAACCUCAGGCAGAGCCCAUGCAGAGUGAAACUUUAGGUGAUCAAAAGCAGGUGUGUCUUCCCAAUAAAAAUGCUGCAAUAAACAUUCAUUAAUUGCAGCAAACCUUAAUAGAAUCUAAAAACCUUUCUAGCAAUUAUGCCAUUGGCUGCCCUGCAUUUCCUGGAAGAUGUAUAAAGAGUUGAGUAUUAUAUCAAUGCAACUCCCUUCAGGUGUUGUGUCUGCUGACUCUCACUACGCUUUAGCUAGAAAUCAAUUAUAUUUAAGAUGAAGUUGCUUUCUUACCAUUUCUGGGCUGACUUGUAGUGUUCCCACUUCAAGUCUCCACUUUAGGCAAUCAGAUAUUGAACUAUCACCCUUCAAAGGGUAAAUUGUCUUGGUUAUCAAAGGGCAGAAGAAAACACUUUUAGUCAAACUACAGUUAAAUUAUAUAUAAACAACAGCUUUUUUCUCUUAUUUCAAAAAUUUCUCUGUUCUCAUGUCCUAGACAACUGAACUACACAAAGCAAAAAUCCAAAAGGAAGAGGGAGGAGCACUUAGAAAGUUUGCAUCUGAAAUCUGUCAGAGGCAAAAGGAUGUCCCUACCUCCAAUCUUCAAAAAGAAAUGGCUGAGUGUGAUGAUUCCGGGGAAAAAUCCAAGGAGGAGAUGGGUAAGUAAACCCCUUUGAGUUAUUUCUGUAUUGGUAUCUCUUUUCUAUAAGUACUUGUGCAUUCACAGAGAGGACUCGUCAAUCCACAUUGACUUAGUUAUUUUUGCAGUACACAAUUAUUAAUUUACUAUAGCUUUUUAUUUCUUGACGAACCUUUAGACAUAUUCAGAGAGAAUUUGUUUCUCGUUUUGAAAAGAAUCAUAAAUUCGGAGCUUAUUAGCUUCGUCAAGAAUAUAAUUUUCAAAGACAGAAAAUGUUAGCCUUAUAUUACAGUAUUAUUUUAGCGCAUUAUUUUGUUUUGACGGUGUAUGGAGACCAUUGCCAGUCUCUGCAGAACACACGUAUGGGUAAAUAGCUCCAGCAUCAUAGUUUUCGAAAAGUACUUAGUCGGGUGUACGGUUCGACGUUACCCAAAGUCUGGCUACUUUGCCUAACCUUGUAACGCAAACUUGAAGAAAAGUCUUUCAGGCUCUUUAUGACCCCUUAUUUUCAAUUAAUUUGAUAGAACGGUGUUCGUCUAUAAAAUCAGAAACUGUCUACGGCCACUUUCAGGACGCAAUGGGCACGAACAUGACACAAUCGAAAUCUGAGGCGAACCAGCUUGUAGUGCUUGGCCGGAAUCAGUCUGAUUUAGCUCUUUUUAGGAACCUUUUCGGUGAUGAAUUCUCUGAAAAGGUUCUAUAUAUCUCCGGCAGCCCGGUGGAAUUCAAAGAUGUCCUAAAAUCACAUUCAAUAAAUUCCAUAAGAUCUUGUUUCAUCUUUUUGGAUGGAGCAGCCAUCUUGGAAGAGUUCGCAUCGCAUUACAAAGACCUGCUUCUAGUUGCCAGAGAUAACGUUGGUAAGAAAAUAUCUUUGAAGUAAAGGGGAAC